GUCCUAAGUCGACCACACGCACAGCAAAACCCCCGACCGACCGGCCACGUCCCUUUACCCAGGCGGCCACCCACCGGCGAUUCGGCACGCCAUGUCGCAGCAGCAGCAGCAAGCUUCGGCUUCUUCAGGAUACAGACCUCACCGGCGUGUUCGCAUUCCGCUAUCAUGUGAUCCUUGCCGUAUCCGAAAACUGAAAUGCAACCGGGAGUCGCCCUGCCAGAACUGUAAGGCCCGUGGCGGAGAUGAGGCUUGCAAGUUUCACGGCCCCAAACCCAACAAAGGCGGCUCCGCCGCCGCCGCCCGCGCCGAUGCAAACGGCCAGGAAAUGCUCGCGCGAAUCCACGACCUCGAGGAUCUGGUCAAGAGCCUGAUCGAAAAGCACCAGGCCUUCUCUACAGACUCACCUCCCGUCGCUCACGAGCACAGCCCGACGCAGCCAGCGACAGUGCUGCCAGACACUCCUGACAGCCCCCCGCAGGCUCAAGCUCAGGCUCAAGCCCAGGCCCAGGAUGCGGCCGAGGAGAGCGGGGCCGGCAAGACGGUCAUGGACGGCAUUCACUCCGUCUACCGCGGCGUGCACGACUGGCAGGUCGUGCUCCAAGAGAUCAAUGACCUCAGAAGCACCUGGACCAACCAAGAUUACGGCUAUGAGACAGACUACAGCAAUCUUCCCAUACCCUCGCAUACCGUCGACGGAUCCAGUCUGCUCUUCAACCAAGCCAAGCCGAUCGAACGAAUCGAGAUCAUCUCGACUCUGCCACCCAAACCCGAAGUCGACCGCAUGAUUGCCUUCUUCUUUAAUCGGUCCGCCUUCCCCAUCGCCGUCCCGCCCAUCCUCCACGAGCCAACCUUUAUCCGCGAGUACAACGAGCACUGGAAGAACCCGUCGCAAACAAACCUGAUAUGGCUGGGCCUACUCUUCUCCAUCCUCGGAAUAACGAUGCUAGCCUAUCACCAGUACGGUGAACCACCCCAGUACGAAGGCAUCGCCGAGUCGCUCUUCUCCGUCUACCGUACGCGUACGGCGCAGUGCCUACUCGCUGGCGAUAUGGCCAAGUGCCUGCCAUAUACGGUGGAGACGCUGCGCUUCAACGCUACGGCCGAGCUAAACCGCAGGGACGAUAACCGCCGCGGGCUGUGGAUCAUGACGGGCGUCGUAGUGCGUACCGCCAUCAAUAUGGGCUACCACCGUGACCCCUCACAGUUCCCGGAUAUCUCCCCUAUGCAGGCCGAAUACCGGCGCCGUGUAUGGAUCUCGGUUGUGAGCAUGGACGAUAUGGCCUCUUUCCUCGGCGGCUUCCCACGUAUGGUGUCGGGCUCGUUUGCCGACGCCGCCGAGUGUCGGAACCUGCAUGACUGGGAGCUGUCGGCGGAAACCACGGUCCUGCCCCUGUCCCGGCCGCUCACGGAGGCCACCCCGGUAACGUAUCUGAUUGUAAAGGGCCGCCUCUUCCGCGCUCUGGGUCGCGUCGCCGAUUUCAACAGCGCGCCGAAUACAGGCGCGUAUGACGCCGUUCUCGACAUUGACCGCGCCGUGUACGAAUCCUACCAGAGCUUUCCCCCGCACAUGAGAAUUCCCCCUGUUGGGGCUAGCAAUAUGGUCCAGAUGCUGGCCACCUUCUCCAACCUGAGCCUGUUCGGCAUGUACCACAAGGGCAUGUGCACGCUGCACCGCAAGUUCCUGGCCAAGGGGCGAACCGACAGCCGGUACAAGUUCUCGCACGACCGGUGCAUCUCGUCGGCGCUGGCCCUGGUCGAGAGCCAGCAGCUCCUGAUCCCGUCCCUGUACCGCAUGGCACAGACGCGGCAGAUCAUGACCCUGGCCUCCAUGGUCCUGAUACUGGAGCUGGAGCUGCGGCGCAAAGCCCCGAGCGCUGAGGCCGCCGAGCCGCCGUCGCCCGACAGCGGCGUGCUUCUGCAGGCGCUGGACAAGUCGUGCGCCCUCUGGGCCGACGCGAGGAACGUAUGUGAAGAGGCCUGGCGGUCUCACCAGCUGCUCGAGGGCAUGCUCUCGAGCUUCCGCGUUGACGCCAGUCCGGGCACAGCGUCGUCGUCUCUGCAGACACCGCCCGAUAAUAUAACCCCCUUUGAGAUUCUCGGGCUAGACCCGCAGUUCGACGCCAUGUUACCCGCGGGGAACUUCUCUUUUUAUCAAGAAUGGGCCAAUGUCGACCUUGACUGGGUUUGUCACCCUCUCUUCCUAAGCAGUGACUUGCCCGCUAAAUUAAUGCACUCUACUAACAAUUUUAGGCCGCGUACGACACGUUCAUUGAAGAGAGCGGACAGGGAAGCGGUCCCAUAUAUAAAUGAUUUAUGUAACGAUACGAGUAGGCGAGGAAGCCAUGCCGCUGUUACAUCAUUAUAUUGCAUCACUGAAGGUAGAAUCUGA